UCCAAAAUCCACAGGCGGUGUGGGUUGUGUGGUUGGUGUAGAGAGAGAGAAGACAGAACGGAAGAGAAGAGAGAGAAGCACGAAUCCCAACCCUAAUGGCGUUGCGGAGUCUCGCACUACCUCUGGCUUCAGCUCCUGCAGUCUCGCCAAGGUCUUCUUCUUCAUCAUCAUCGUCGUCGUCGUGUUUUUCUCCGUCUACCAACAAUCGCAUAAGUUCUCUUACUCCAACACCGUUCCAUGGCCGCCGGCAAUUCCCUAUAUUAUUUUCCAACCGUCGAUUUCCAAGUCAUGUAGUUCGAAUGGCUCCCGAGGAGGAAAAGAUGACUCGCCGCUCUCCGCUUGAUUUCCCUAUAGAAUGGGAAAGACCCAAGCCUGGAAGGAGACCUGAUAUAUUUCCCCAAUUCGCCCCCAUGAAAACACCUAUGCCAAUUCCAAUGCCAGCAGAUCCUCCUGAAGAAGAUGAGGAAGAGGAGGAAAAGAGAGAGGAGGAAGAAGAGGAAGAUCCAGACAGGGAAAACCCAGACAACCCAGAUAAGCAAUAGAAUAGGUCCAUAAAAUAAGAGAGUUUUUGAACUAUAUUGCAGUCUCCACAUUCCGACUGAUAUAAUUUUAGCUUAGAGUAUCUGAGUUUGUUGCCAGCGACUUGAAGAAAGUCCUAUUUUUGCAUGUACUUAGGUGUAAUGUCCUCUAUAAGCAACUCUAUUGAUGUUCAUGUUCUAUAAUUUAUGUGAAUUUGAGGUUGGUUUUGCUUA